AUCGGAGCACAUAAUAAUUUCCCCUCGUCACUUGGUGCGGAAUUUCUGAUGGGUUAGUCGAUUGGAGCUCUGUGAAUCGUCUGUAAUCGGUUUUUAUGCAGCCCUACCAAUAAACCCUCGCUAAAUUGUUUCCUAAUUUCGGCGUUUCGAUCCUUCGAAUCGGCUAUAUAAAGUUUCCUUUGAAAUCAGCAAAGGGUUAGUGGGUUCAGUUUCGUUUAGGAAUUUCCCGAAGAAAUCUUUCAGGGACGAGGAGGAUUUAGGGAUUUGGCUUUUGGGGAUUCUCUUUUGCUUCUGUAGGUAAUGGGAGAGGUUGAACGUGCUGGUGAUGAUCGAACCUUCCGGUUGAACUGCGCCGGUGAGAGCCUGGCGGGGUUGCAGGAGAGGGUGAAGGAGAAAUUGAAGGAGUUUAUGGGAGAUUACACCGACGACACCCUCGUGGAGUAUGUGAUUGUGCUGCUCAGGAAUGGGAGGGGCAAAGAGGAAGCAAAAAGGGAGUUGAAUGUUUUUCUAGGAGAUGACAGCGACUCUUUUGUAUCCUGGUUAUGGGAUCAUCUAUCUCUAAACUUGCAUCUAUAUACCCAACCAAACGAAUCCCUUACUGAAGAAGUGGUUAACAGAAAAGUGACAACAAAUGACCAUUAUGGGAUAUCAAAUCUAGAGAUGGUGCCGGCUGGUGGUACUUCAUAUAUUGAUUCUGAACACGAGGGUGAAAAAUCAGUUAAUAUCUCCAGAAGUAGGCGUAACAGGGAAUGGAAAAGUCUCGCAAGUGAAAUGACUGGAAGUUUUCCUCUCAGAAGCACUGUGAUUGAGGCUUUGCAUUCGCGAGAGAAGACAGGUCAAAGACCUGAUGUUAGUAGCUCCUCUUCUCCUAGACCUCAAGUCAGUAAAAAACGGAGCAGAGAUAAUGAAAGGCAGCCAUUAAAGAGAGAUGUAGCUUCGCUUCCAAAACUUGCUCCCUCUCGUCGGCUUCUUGAGUUUGCUGUUAGAGAUGCUGUGAAAAUCGUCCAGAAGUCCAGCUCUAAUAGAGAUGCUGUGAAAAUCAUCCAGAAGUCCAGCUCUAAUGUUGAACCAACUAUGAAGCGACUUCGUUCUGUAGUGUCUACAUCUGUGGAUACUAAGUUAGAUGAAAGACUCCAGAGGCCUAGAUCCAAAAUGAGAAUACCAGUUUCAGCAUCAGUGGCACUCAAAGCUGCUGCAGAAGCAGCUGAAGAUGUAACAAAGAGUAGAAAUGCUGGAAGUGUUUUUGAUAGAUUGGGCCGAGUUAAAGACACUCCUGGCUCCAUUGAUCAAUCACCUAAUAUGAACAGGGCUAUCUUGCAAGAUGCAGAGGAUGAAGAGUUUGGUCAAAGUGCCAGGUCUGCCCAUGUAAACUAUAAUCAUAAAAUUGGUUAUGAUGGAGAUUUUGAUGGGAGUAGUUCAAUGUUGAACAAGGUUGAUGACAUGGCUGUUGAUUCAACUUCAGAUAAUGAUGGCUAUGAUGAUUUUGGUAUUUCCAGUGAUCAUGGUUUGGAUGCUUCUCAAUAUGCUUACUCUGCAAACAAGGAGAGUUCAUUAACAGUGCACUAUAAUGUUCCCGAAGAGACUGAUGCUGUUGUAAAGAAAGCAAAAUUGAUCCAGCAGGAGACACCACCUACUACAUUAGCAAAGCCUUCCAGCAAGAUUGUGAAUAUUUCUGUUAAUGUAAAUACAUGGAAACCUGCAAAUUAUCAAGUAUCCAGGAACAGUAAUGAGAUUGAAAAUCAAAUGGUUGACGAUGGUGAGCAAACUAUUGCAAAACCGAAUGUUCGGAUCUUGAAAGAUAACACUAGCUCCAUUGCCGGGAAUGACAAUGAAAUGGCAGCCACAAACAUUCAAAAAGAGUCCCAAAAGCCUCAAUUAUCAACACCUGAACCGUCCAAUUCUUUUGUUUGGACAUGCACAUUUUUGAAUCAGGUGGACAGGAGUAAAAUCAGUGUGCUAUCCAACUUCUUUAUAAAAUGUUUGCCAACUUUCCAUAUUGGGUGCGGUCAUGUUGCACAAGGUGUUUCCUACACUGCAAGUCCUUCUGAGGAUGUUGAUUCUCGAACCAUUUUUGUUAGUAAUGUCCAUUUUGCUGCUACUAAGGAUACCCUUUCCCGACAUUUCAAUAAGUUUGGAGAAGUUCUAAAAGUGAUAAUUGUGACUGAUCCUGCAACUUGUCAACCUAUAGGGUCAGCUUAUGUGGAGUUCCUGCGUAAAGAAUCUGCAGAGCUAGCACUUUCAUUGAAUGGCACUUCAUUUAUGUCUCGUAUUCUGAAGGUUGUUCGGAGAAGCUCUGUGGAGGCCCCUGUGAUUGGUUGGCCACGAAUUGCUCGUGCCUCUCCAUUUGCUUCAAGGUUUGGUAGAAUGCCAUUUCCAAGGGGCAUCCUCACUGGUGCUUUCCGACCGCGCCUCCCUGUGAAGCCUGGAGCCAGAAGUUUGCAGUGGAAGCGCGGCACUGUUGCUCCUCAAACGGCUGGAUCACCUCGAAAUACUCCAAACUCCAUUGCUGGACGAAAUCUCACUUACGUUCGGCCUGAAAAAACCUAAGAAAUUCUGGCUGGCUCUGUAAGUAGAUCUUCAGGCGUGACUUAGAAGGGUUACUUAUAAGGCCAUCUUUCUUCCUUCCAGAACUUCUGCGUUGCCAAGCAGGAGAGAUGAUUUCUAAGCACUUCGAACACAGUAAUUUACCUUGUUCGGAGAAUUUCUACUUUUCAGAUCUUGAAGAAAAAUUGAGCUCCAGAAAUGGUGGCUUUUUUCAGGUGUUCGAUAGAUGAUUUGCUUGGCAAUUUAACUAUUCAGGUGGGGUUCCAUGCAUAGACCGUCAUUGCAGUAAAUGAACAGCUACUAUAUUUUCGGUUUUUUUUUUUUUCUGUUGAUUCUUGCUUGUAUUAUGAAUUUGAUAGUAUGUUUAUUCUAAGAAUCAGCCAGAGUAGUUAUUUUCCAUUUCUCUUUCAAUACCUAUUGGUUCUGCUUAUUGAAA